AUGGGAAUUGCUCGUCGAAUCGUACGAGAGAAAAAACGUGUGUUGGUAUCGACACACAUUGACGCGAUUCUCGACAUCAAACCGUUACCCAAGGCAACUUCCGCGGAACUUUCUAAAUUAAUUGACGACGUGCGGCAACAUUUGAGAAUGUUGGAGACGCUUCAAAUACGGAUCGAUGAACGAAUAAUUGUCAGGAUUCUAGAAAGAUCAUUAGCGGUUAGAAUUCGGAAUAAAUGGGAAGACACGUUAGCCCUUGAUGAAUUACCGGAUCUGAAACGAUUUUACAAAUUCCUCGACGAGACCGCUUUCCGGCUCUGUACGGUAAAACAGGAUAAUGUGCGUAGGGAGGAAACGAGUGGCAAACGUCGCGCGGACUCGCAAUCAUCGGUAACAAAGGCGCGGCGCGUCGGGUCGGGUACACGCGCACUCGUUCUCAACACGCCAAGCGCGUGCGUGAAAUGCAAGGGAGACUAUCCCCUUUACAAAUGUUUCGCGUUCGGGAAAUUAAACACACAACAACGCUGGGAUUUCACGCGACAAAACAAACUUUGCCGAAAUUGUCUUCGCGCGCACGUGUGCAACGCCGCGCAUUGCAAACUCUGUCCGAAGUUCCACCAUUCGCUUUUACACUCGCAAAGAAAUUCGCCGAGCGCGACAAACGACGUGAAACCCACUACGAACAUCGAUUCUAAACCAACUCAAUCAAGCGCCAAAGCAGAGGGCACUCCAUCAACAUGA